GGGUAACUAUGUUGGGUUGAUUAAGAUAAUUGAUAAUUGAUUGAUUAAGCAUCCACAAUUAGCAGGCUUAAACCACUUGUGCCUCCAAAUCAGUGAUGCACUGUCAACAAUACAACCCAAAUCUUUCUUUUCUGUUUUGGAUUUGAAAAUGCCAAACUGGUGAGCUAAGAGGCCUUGAAAAAGGAGGGACAGAGAGCAUGAUGAGUAGCAUGGAGGACAAUUAGUGAGGGAAAGAGGGAAUCAAUUUAAGAAAUUAUAAACUAGGCCCUCUUGUGCAUUUUAUGCUCAAAGUUGUGCUCUCUUUAUCAUCCUUGUCUGAGCUAUAGCUUUUUUCUCGAAAGCUUCCUUUUUGGGCUAUAUGUUCAACAACACCAUUUCCUCUGAACACCCCAUUCCUGUCUAAAACACAACACAACUCUCAAAAUCUCUAGAAUGGCAGACCAUGAUGCAAAAGAAGAACAAAGGCCACUCAACCAAUGGAAGAGAAGCAAAGGAGGAUUCAGGGCUUCUAUGUUUAUUUUCGUCUUGUCAGCAUUGGACAACAUGGGUUUUGUGGCAAACAUGGUGAGCUUAGUCCUAUACUUUUAUGGAGUGAUGCACUUUGAUCUGUCAAGUUCAGCCAACACCCUCACAAACUUAUUGGGUUCAACCUACUUGCUUUCCCUUGUUGGAGGCUUCAUCUCAGAUACUUACUUGAACAGAUUCACCACAUGCUUGCUUUUCGGAUCACUCGAGGUUCUGGCUUUGGCAAUGCUUACAGUUCAAGCUGCUUCAAAUCAUUUACACCCUGAAGCCUGUGGCAAGUCAAGCUGUGUGAAAGGUGGCAUAGCAGUGAUGUUCUACACAUCACUGUGCAUGUUGGCAUUGGGAAUGGGAGGGGUGAGAGGAUCCAUGACUGCAUUUGGUGCUGACCAAUUCGAUGAGAAGGAUCCAACUGAGGCAAAAGCUCUUGCAAGUUUCUUCAAUUGGCUUUUGCUCAGUUCAACUGUGGGAGCAAUCACAGGAGUCACUGGUGUUGUGUGGGUUAGCACACAAAAAGCAUGGCAUUGGGGAUUUUUCAUCAUAACCAUAGCUUCCUCUGUUGGCUUUGUGACCCUUGCUCUUGGAAAACCAUUCUACCGCAUCAAAACUCCAGGAGAUAGCCCCACUUUGAGAAUUGCUCAGGUAAUUGUAGUGGCGUUUAAAAACCGAAAGUUGUCACUGCCGGAGUCACAUGGAGAACUAUAUGAAAUCAGUGAUAAAGAUGGUACGGUGGAGAAGAUUGGCCACACCAAUCAAAUGAGGAUUCUAGACAAAGCUGCCAUUGUCCAAGAAAAUUCAAAACCCCAAGCAUGGAAGGUGUGUACAGUGACACAAGUCGAAGAAGUGAAGAUCCUGACAAGAAUGUUACCCAUAGUAGCCAGUACCAUUAUACUGAACACAUGCAUGGCACAGCUCCAAACAUUCUCAGUCCAACAAGGGAAUGUAAUGAACCUUAAACUUGGCUCUCUCACAGUGCCAGCACCAUCCAUUCCUGUCAUCCCCCUUGUUUUCAUAAGUGUCCUAGUCCCCAUGUAUGAGCUAUUUUUUGUGCCAUUUGCAAGAAAAAUCACUCACCACCCAUCAGGCAUCACACAACUUCAAAGGGUGGGUGUAGGGUUGGUACUCUCAGCAAUAUCAAUGGCAGUGGCAGGGAUUGUGGAAGUGAAAAGAAGGGACCAAGGGAGAAAAGACCCUUCUAAGCCUAUUAGCCUAUUUUGGCUUUCUUUUCAGUAUGGUAUAUUUGGCAUUGCAGACAUGUUCACUCUUGUGGGACUGUUGGAAUUUUUCUAUAGGGAAUCACCUGCGAGCAUGAAAUCACUGUCAACCUCUUUCACGUGGUUGUCAACAUCUCUUGGUUACUUCUUGAGCACCGUCUUUGUCAAUGUCAUCAAUGCUGUUACCAAAAGGAUCGCUCCUAGCAAACAAGGGUGGUUGCAUGGCUUCGACUUGAACCAGAAUAACCUUAACUUGUUCUAUUGGUUCCUAGCCACCCUUAGUUGCCUUAACUUUUUUAACUACCUCUAUUGGGCCUCACGCUACAAGUACAAAUGUGAAGACUCGGGCCCGGGCUUUAAGCCCUUGGGUGAAGUGCCUCUCAAAAGUGAAGGCAAUGUUAGAGAAUGAACGGAAAUGGAUUAGUGGAUACUUAAUAGAAUAAGCAUAAGAGGCUGUCAUAUGUGUACUAAGCUUGGGAUGUGGAAAUAGUUGAUUAGUGGUUGAAAUAUCUGUUAUAAUAUAUGGUACAUGUUUGCUUGUUUGGUUGAUUGUUUUUGUUGACUCUGGAACAAGAUGUGUGUCCAGAGUUCAAAGGUUUUCCUUUUUAAUUAACUUGUUCCUUUUUUUGUUGUAAGUUGAUUCAACUUGGUUUUGUAAUUGGCUGUUAAGAGAUACUACGUUAAUAGUUAGUCAUACAAAAA